CAGUAAAUUGUUCUAUUUAUUUAUUCGAGGUGUGGAGACGAUUUAAGUAGAUACUCGUUUAUAUGUAUUGUGGGUGCAUUUGUAAAACCCGCAGAAUAUGAAACAUUUUGCAUUAUUUUCGAUUUUUGUGUGUUUUCUUUGGGAUGUUAUUCAGGGUGGAUAUUACGUGCCGGAAUACGAAGUACUUUCCAAAAAUUUAUUAAUGAAUUACGAAGAGAGAUUAUAUCCUAAACUAAACUGGGUGACGGUGACUUACAAUGGAUCCGACGAAGAAGCUUACAGAUUGUUAAACAGAGGAACGAUUGAUAAAGCUCCACGAAACAUGCCUCUAACUCGUAACAGAAAAGCUGGACAAUUAACAGCUUUGCUGUUUCGCAAGACGUGUAAAUAUUACGAAAACAAAGAGAAAUGUCUUUGGUUCUCCGUCGCUUUGCCUUCUUCGGCAGACGUCACCCUGGAACCUCACAUGAAAGGCAUGAGAGAAAAUUCCACCGUUUAUUACGUCAGAAAUUUGUGUAAGGAGUUUGGAAUAAACGAUCCUUUCAGCGUUUUCAAGAUGGAGGACUUCUUGUCGGAGGGAAUAGAAUAUUCCGGCGACUCUUUCGAUGACAAAUCUUUAAAUUCGGUCUACAGAUAUUACGUCAGCAAUAUGAAAGACGACCCUAAAUCCACUUUCAAACCGUUCUGCGAAAUUUGGAAAAAGAAAGAAUAAAAUAUUUACUACAAUAUUUUGUGUGUAAGAGUAAGUUACAAUGUAGCUGAAAUUUAUAAAUAAAUUCGAUUUUCGAGUCUAAA